GGUGGCUUUGGAGGUGCUGUUUCUGGGCUGGUUUGCUCUACAGGAAAAUCUGCAGUUCCUGCCUCGGCUCUGAUCCCUUUGCUUCCCCGGUAUCCUGGCCAGGGAGAUGGGCGGAGGAAUCUGCUGGAGCCCCUAGGACUUAGCAGCUUCUUCUCUCCCCACCAGCUGCCUGCAUUACCGAGGACCUUCCCUUGCCCAGGCAGCACAGUAACAAUCCCAGGGAAUAUCCUUCUCUGUACAGCCAGGAGCUCAUCAUGCUCUACAUCACAUCAAUGCUUGGAUACCUGUUGAUGCAUUUGUUUGUCAUCUGUUUACAAGCUCAGGUAACUGUUCAGUCCCCACCUAAUUUUACACAGCAUGUGAGGGAGCAGAGCCUGGUGACAGAUCAGCUGAGCAGAAGGCUCAUCAGGACCUACCAGUUAUACAGCCGCACCAGUGGGAAGCAUGUACAAGUGCUGGACAACAAGAAAAUCAAUGCAAUGGCCGAGGAUGGAGAUCCACAUGCCAAACUGAUCGUGGAAACAGACACGUUCGGAAGCAGAGUCCGUAUUAAAGGAGCCGAGACGGGUUAUUACAUCUGCAUGAACAAGAAAGGGAAGCUGGUUGGCAAGACAAAUGGAAGAGGAAAAGAUUGUGUCUUCUCUGAAAUAGUCUUAGAAAACAACUACACAGCAUUGCAAAAUGCCAAGUACGAAGGGUGGUAUAUGGCCUUCACCCGGAGAGGACGACCUAGAAAAGGAUCAAAGACAAGACAACACCAACGAGAGGUUCAUUUUAUGAAGAGACUACCAAAGGGCCACCAUACCACUGAACCUCAUAAACGUUUUGAAUUUAUAAAUUACCCUUUUAAUCGGAGAAGUAAAAGAACUCGAUAUUCAAGUUCUCGGUAGGAACUGGAUCAAAGUUCAUUCUACUUUCUGCAGACUUUAUAUAUAGACUACUCUAUUCUAAUAUAAAAUGAACAAAAGACACAUGGACUAGUUGUUUUAUAUAUAAAUAUACAUAUAUAUUUUUUUGUUUUUACAGAUGAUUUAUUUUUUUAUUCAUACGAGACCUUUUUUUAAGAAAAAAAAAAAAAGAAAGAAAAUAGACUCACAAAAAAGCAGGCUCUUCCAUAGAUUUUAGACUUUUUUUUUUUUUUUUUAAAUACUUAGAAAAUAUAUUCUAGAGGAGGACAAACCUGGGACCAAAAGUGCUACUUACUGAUGAAAACACUUAACCAAAAACCCAAGACAAACAAGACAGGUGCAAGAAGACUGAAGAAGGAACUCGACCUUCUGAGUUUUGUGUUUUGUUGUUAUUUUUUUCCUUUGACAUCCUUUAUGGAAUAAUUCAUUUUAACAUAUGUUUUCUUGAAUAUUCAUAAGAGCUGCUUUUUUUUCCCUAUUCAGUUUCCUUCAUGGAAACCCUGAACACUUACGACAUUUUUUUGUGAUUCAUUUUUUUUAUAACUGUUGUCGAUAUUUCUGCAAACGAGGACAAAUUGUGUUUUUGUUUGACCUGCAGAAAAUGAAAACCUCAAGACUUGCAACUCAAUGGUGGUAAAACAAAAUGCAUCCCAGUGGUAGAAAUCAGUUGUAAAAUAUAGUGAUAAAAGUAAUAAUGUUAUUAUUUUUUUGAAACACUGUAAAAAUGUCAGUUGUCUGGCAAGACCUUUGUCCUCGUUUUGAGGAUAUGUGUAAAUAUUAAUAUUAAUGAUGGAAAUAUUUAUUUAAAUGUGUAUUAAAAUUUGUA